CAUCUAUAUGUAGUUGGGCGCAACAAGGCACAAAGCGAGUGUGUGCUGGUUAUUAUUUUAGUCAACGCGAAGGCCAACCAAACUCCCAAUUUCACAGGUGGCGCCACCCACCGCCCCGUUUCAAUGUAGUUGCUCAUAGUAUCCAUCCGCCAAUCUUGUUCCCUUGUUUACAUGUGCUGUCGGUCGUACGAGUUGCUACGAUGUGUUUGUUUGAUCGUGUUUUUGCGUUUGCUGUAAUGAAUUGUGACUUAGUUCGCGUGCACAAAAGUGUCCGAAGAUAGCUUGUGUCUCGCUGCAAACUCGCGGUAUGCGUGGUGCGCCAGGCAAACGUGGACCAACGAUUUUCAUGCCAUGGAGUGCGUUCCCUUUGUCCGUGGUGGUUGUGGAAAGUUCGGUGGACGCCGCAAAGAAAUGAUGCGCAUUAUUAGCGUUCCGCAGGUCGUCCACUACGCAACUGCAUGUAUGCGGGAAUAACUUUGCAGCUCCGGCAACUUGGAAGGCGCUUUUCGACCGCAUCGUACCAUUUAAAAGUGGCAAGGCCGUGACCAACAACAGUGUCCACGUCAGGGAGGAGCUAUGGCUGCAGCAGCACUGUGUGUAAUCGGAUGGUCUGGUCAGGUACAGAUUGGUGUGGGAUUGGUGAUGCCACUCAACAAGUGGCAUUACAUAUUCAAGUCUGCUUCCGACGGGAAGUGCCCAUUAGAGGUGGCAUGGCACCUGUGGACACCAGUGCAAGCAGGUGAAAGCAGCCUGACUGGACAGGCCUGCCGGACAAUGUGCCGCGCAUCUGGGAAGCUUCCGGCAACACCGGAGAAAGUGGCUGUUUUGAAGAACUGCCUGGAGAAAUACAUAAGUGACCAUCUAAUGAUGCCACCUGCACCACAUCCGAAGAACCACCUUGCUUCCCUGCGAAAGCACCUUUGGAGCUUUCUUUUACACAAGCAGGACGCCAGGGCAAGCGAGUGGAAAAGUAAAUACAGUACAAGUCUAGUGAUGCUUUUUCAAUAAAGUAUGAUGAUAUGCUA